GUGUGUAUGAUAUAUAUAUAUAAUUGAUAUUUGCGCCCCCCAAGUUUAUAUUUUCAUUUCUGGUUUGAUAAUAUUAUAGCUUCUUUUCCCUUCCAUAUAAAGCUUCCAUUUUCAAACCCCAUCUUGUAUCUCUCUCUCUCUCUCACUCUUUGUAUAUCUAUCUCUCUGUCUCCCUAAAUUUACGUAGUAAUUUCCAAUUUCAUUUUGAUUAUUACUCGAUCCCGGAAUUUAUAUUCCGUCGCCUUUAUUCGAGAUCAGGAUUUCGGAAAGAUUUGAUUUUGAUUUUGAUUUGAAUCAAAUCGGCGGCACCCAGGGUCUGGUUUUCGUGAAUGGAAAGAAGAGGAGGCAAGGUCUGGUGCUGAGGAGGAGGAGGAGCUUCGUUGUUUUCGUGUUUGUGUUUACUAAUUGGGAAUUUGGUUGUGAAAUGUUGUAUUUGAAGCAGCCAAACUCCCCAAUUUGGGGUUCAUUUGGUGAAUGAUUUCGAAGACGACGAGUCGGAAUUGGAUUUUGGGUUCUUGGGGGGUUUGAUUCGGCUGUGCAUGAUAUUCUGAUAGGGCCCUGAGCUUGUGCUCGGGGAUCUGACCUUUCGGGAAUAUUUAUAAUGGCCUCGUCGGAAAAUGCGCCGGAGCCGCCGCCGUCCUCCCACGCCGGAGGAGACGAGGAAGUUAUUACUCCUCCUCAGCACAUAGAUAUGCAGAAGUUCAGGCUUUACGAGACUCGAUCGAACUUUUACAUGAUUGGAAGGGACAAGAGUAGAACGUAUUGGAGGGUACUAAAGAUUGAUCGAUUGGAUCCUUGUGAGCUCAAUGUUCUUGAAGAUUCUACUACUUAUACCGAACGUGAAUGUUCUGACCUCUUGAGGCGGGUACAUGAAGGGAACAAGGUCACUGGCGGAUUGAAGUUUGUCACUACUUGUUACGGCAUUAUUGGGUUCAUUAAAUUUCUGGGGCCCUAUUACAUGCUGCUUAUAACAAAGAGAAGAAAGAUAGGUGCCAUUCGUGGCCACGCGGUGUAUGCCAUCUCCAAAAGUGAGAUGAUCCCACUUCCAAAUUCACCUGUUCAGUGCAGUAUUGCUGAUUCUAGAGAUGAAAACAGAUACAAGAAGCUCUUGUGCACAAUGGACCUCACAAAGGACUUCUUUUUCAGCUACUCAUACAAUGUUAUGCGUAGUCUUCAAAAGAACAUGUGUGAUCAUAAGAAGGGACAUGUUGUUUAUGAAACCAUGUUCGUCUGGAAUGAGUUCUUAACUCGGGGAAUAAGGAAUCACCUGCAAAAUACUGUUUGGACAGUUGCAUUGGUUUAUGGUUUCUUUAGACAGGCCACUCUCUCUACAUCUGGACGUGACUUCAAACUGACCCUCAUUGCAAGACGUUCACGUCACUAUGCGGGAACCAGGUAUCUAAAACGUGGUGUUAAUGAGAAGGGAAGAGUAGCUAAUGAUGUUGAGACUGAACAGAUAGUUUUUGAGGAUGUUCCUGAGGGCUUUCCCGUGCAAAUAAGUUCUGUUGUACAGAACCGUGGCUCAAUCCCUCUCUAUUGGUCACAAGAAACAUCGCGUUUAAACAUUAAACCAGAUAUAAUAUUGUCAAAGAAGGAUCCAAACUACGAAGCCACUAGGCUUCAUUUUGAAAAUCUUGCCAAUAGAUAUGGGAACCCCAUAAUUAUUUUAAAUCUCAUCAAGACACAGGAAAAAAGGCCUCGAGAGUCCAUUCUACGCACAGAGUUUGCUAAUGCAAUUGAUUUCAUUAAUAAAGAACUAUCUGAGGAGAACCGUCUCAGAUUUCUCCACUGGGAUUUGCACAAACAUUCUCGAAGCAAAGCUAUAAAUGCUUUACUACUCUUGAGCAAGGUGGCUACAUAUGCCUUGACUUUAACUGGGUUCUUCUAUUGUCAAGUUACACCAGAAAUGGGACCCGAGGGCAUGAUUAAUUGGCCUUCAUCAGAGAAUUUUGACAAUUGUAUGUCUCCCCAAAGACAUUGUGCUAAUGGAGAUGAGGAUGUUGAUAGCAUAGUGGGGAAACCAACUGGAGGCAUCAACAUUGCAAAUGGAAAUCAUUCUACCAAACCAGCCACAUUCCAGAAUGGGGUGCUGAGGACCAAUUGCAUAGACUGCCUUGAUCGGACAAAUGUUGCACAGUAUGCAUAUGGGUUGGCUGCUCUAGGACACCAGCUUCAUGCUUUGGAAGUUUUAGAGAAUCCCAAGAUAGACCUUGACGAUCCCUUGGCUGAUGAUUUAAUGGGAUUUUAUGAAAGAAUGGGUGACACACUUGCACACCAGUAUGGUGGUUCAGCUGCUCACAAUAAGAUAUUUUCUGAGAGAAGAGGUCAGUGGAGAGCAGCAACUCAGUCUCAGGAAUUCUUCAGAACUCUUCAACGGUAUUACAGCAAUGCGUAUAUGGAUGCACAGAAGCAAGAUGCAAUUAAUAUAUUUCUCGGGUAUUUUCAACCACAGCAAGAUAAACCUGCACUCUGGGAACUGGAUUCAGACCAGCAUUACCAUGAUGGGAGGCAUGGGUCAAAAGACACGGAUGAAGAUGGAUGGUUCAGUUUCAAGAGAUCAUAUUCCGAUGGAAACAUUCUCCAUCCAAAUAGCUCACCUAUGUCAGCACCAACUGUAAAGCAGGAGAAAUUUACUAACUAUCCGGUUUUGCCUGAUCAAACUCAACAAAGCAAGAUACUUUCAGAAUCCUCACCUGAAAUAUCAACUUGUGAGAGUGAUAUUGCAUAUUCAAGGUACACUCCCUCGAUGCCUCGCAGACAACUUUUCGGAGAGUUGCAAAGAUAUCGGUGUCAUGAAAGUGAUCAUAUUUACUAUUCUGAACAUGGAGAUGGGUAUAAUUUCUCAAACUUUGUGGAUCUAGACUGGCUAUCUUCCUCUGGGAAUUCAUGCGAGGAGGAGCCGUAUGAGAGAUCGUCAAUACUUACCAACUCACCACUUGAGGGGCUAUCAUCGGAAAAUGUUGUCAACGGAAUAAUAGGAGAUUCUACACCCUCCACAAGUGUGUAUGGAUCCAUCUUGAAGGGAAAGGAGCAAACAGGAACAGGAUUAUCCUUUAGUAACGGAGAGAGUUCCAAUGUUCCUGAAGACUUUCCAGAUAGCUUCUCGAACUGGGUCAAUUAUGGAGAGACACUCUGCCACUGAAAUUUGGAUCAUUUUUCCCCUGUAUUGCAUUUUCGGCUCUGUAGAUGGCACGUUAGCCGUUUACUAAAAUGCUGAUCCAUGGAUGAGAAACUAUAGGAUGGCAUGUUAGCCAUAUCCGGAACAAGGAGAAAACAAAAGCAGUGGAGCCGGGGGGUUGUGUACGAUACAGCAUUGAUUUGGUCAUAAAAAAAUUUCAGUCGGGAACCUAUACCAAAGUAGAGAGUACAUAGUCAACAGUUGAGAUUCUUUAGGAGCUCUUCCUCCAUCGGUUCGUAGACUCAAGAUCUGAUUCUUGUAAAUAUUUUGCUCUGUUGUUUGACACUCCACUUUAGAAUUCCCAGGUCAUUGAUUCUUUAUAUACCUUCAUGUUUGUGGACGUGCAUAAAACUAACCAUGUGGGUAAAUGUAUUUGAAAUCUUACUGUUGUUGAAAUGUUUAUUGGCCUUUCAGUGCAAUAAGUGGGGUUUAUGAACGGUUAA